CCUUAUGCCGCCAAACAUGCGGGCACACACAUCCACAAACACAAUCAUACAGGCUGCUUGUAGUGCCCGCGGCGCUGUACGCGGUCAACAACUCGCUCAAGUUCUCCAUGCAGCUGUUCUUCCGGCCCACCACCACCAAGAUGCUGGGCAACCUCAAGAUCUUCACCAUCGCGCUGCUGAUGAAGCUGAUCAUGCGGCGCCAGUUCAACGUCAUCCAGUGGGAGGCGCUGUUCCUGCUGGUGGCGGGCAUCACCAUCAACCAGCUGCAGUCGUGCGGCUCGGGGCCCAACCCCGACGAGGCAAACAUUCCGCUCAUCCCGGCCGUGCUGUGCACGCUGGGCACGGUGACGGUGCCGGCGGCCGCCAGCGUGUACAACGAGUUCGCGCUGAAGAAGCACAUGGACACGUCAGUGCACCUGCAGAACUUCUUCCUGUACUUUUACGGCGCCGUGUUCAACCUGCUGUUCCUGGCCGUCACGGCGCUGCGGGAGAAGCAGAACCUGAGCCAGAUGUUCCAGGGCCUGUCGCUCAUCACCUACCUGCUCAUCGCAAACAACGCGGCGCAGGGCGUGCUGUCCAGCUUCUUCUACAAGUUCGCGGACACCAUCCUCAAAAAGUACUCUAGCACCAUCGCCACCAUCUGGACAGCGCUGCUGUCGUUCGUGCUGUUCGGGCACGCGCUCACAGUCAACUUCUUCCUGGGUGUGUCAAUCGUCUUCGUGUCCAUGCACCAGUUCUUCACGUUUGGCGACAAGUCCAAGCCCGGCGAGCCGCCGCGGCCCAAGAUUGUGUACUCGCCAUCGCUGGAGCACAUAGCGCUGGCGGCCGCCGGUGGGACCAACCUGCCGGGCGCGGAUACCACCGCGGAGAUGCGGCGGCCGCUGCUGCCGCGGUGAUGACGGCAGGGGGGGGGGUCAAAGGGUGCGUUCCAGGAAGCAGGGGGUUAAAUGGUAUAGAUAGGCCUCGGCGUGGCUUGACGUGGUGUGGCACCGCAGGGGUGCGAAAGCACGCAGGACUGGCGGGGGUGCAAACAUGGCGGGAGUGCAAAAGCGCGCCAGAAUACCGGUAGCAGCGGCGUGGGCAGGCAGCGACGCCGCGCCCGCCACGGCGGCACGGAAGUAGCUAGUUACGGGCCUGGUGGCGAAACGGUUAGACUGCGGCAGUGAUGAUGACAGCCAUGAUGGUGCGUGACCCAGUCGCGCGCGGGCGCCGCAACAGGCGGCAGCGUGUAGCAAGAGUAAGCUGUGGUAGGAUUUGUAUAUACGGUAGAUAUAUCGACGGGACAGCCAGAGACAUCGUACGACAGUGGCGGCUUUGGAACUGCAAGUGAUAUUUGUGGGUUAGGCCAGGGUUGUUCGGACCCGGUGACACGACAGGCUAGCGGUCUUUCGGUUCAGAGCAAGAGGGGGGUUGGCUAUUCAUGGCCCUAUGGGGCAGCAUUUAGGGAGGUGUGCAGUACACGGCGGACUGCUAUGGGGUGCAUACCGUAUUGGUGUGCAAUGCAUGGGGACAAUGCGGUCAUGCGGUACUUCUGAAUAGUUUCAGCACGUACCAUAACAAUAGAGCAGAUACUGGAAGGCCAUAGGAGCCAUUUGAACGCUGCGCUGUGUCCUCUACUCCUCUCCUGGUCGCCGCGUUCUCUUCUCUUGGAAGGCUGUGGGCAGAACUCCCGAGUGCGAGUGCGCGACGCCACGUUGGCCACACCGGGUACAGGGGCCUGCUGUUAACAGGGUAGCUGCUGGUCAAAAGGCAUCUCAAGGUGUCAUCCAAGCUCCUUCUCUAGGAGUCAUCGUUUGAAAUGCUGCCCCUGAACCCAUUCGUUGCGCCUGCUGCCGGGUCUGCGGUCUGCUGCUGCUGUAACGCCGGCGACUG